GAAAAGGAAAAAGAAAAGUGAGAGGUUGGUGACUUUGUUCCCAGAAGCAAGCAAAGAAAGAGUCUCUCUCGCAUAACAACAUUGUUGAACAGAAUUGGAUUCGAAAUUCAAAAUGCAGAGCAAGGGAUCGAGUCACAGACUCUCCACUAUGGCGAAUCGAUCUCGAAUCCCUGCACUCUUCAUCUCCAUGUUUGCCACUUUCGCUUCUAUCUACGUCGCCGGAAGGUUAUGGCAAGACGCACAAAAUCGCGUUUAUCUCAUCAAAGAGCUUGAUAGAAUCACUGGCCAGGGGCAAUCUGCUAUAUCAGUGGACGAUACAUUGAAGAUCAUAGCCUGCAGGGAACAACAUAAGAAGCUUGAUGCGCUAGAGAUGGAACUUGCUGCAGCUAAACAAGAGGGUUUUGUUUCAAAGGGAUUGAUUGAGACCAAUGGGACUUACUCUAAGAGACGACCCUUGGUAGUCAUAGGUAUACUCACAAAGUUUGGGCGAAGGAAGAAUAGAGAUGCCAUUCGUAAAGCUUGGAUGGGAAGUGGUGCAGCUUUAAAGAAAAUAGAAGAUGGAAAGGGCAUUAUUGUGCGGUUUGUUAUUGGUAGAAGUCCAAAUCGUGGAGACAGUCAGGAUAAAGACAUUGAUCGUGAGAAUAGGUUGACGAAUGACUUCCUAAUUCUAGAUGAUCACGUAGAAGGAAGCCAGGGACACCCAGAGAAGGCUAAAUUGUUUUUUGCUCACGCUGCAGACGAAUGGGAUGCGGAGUUUUAUGCUAAAGUCAAUGAUGAUGUUUAUGUAAAUAUUGAUGCCUUGGGUGCUACGCUUGCAACUCAUUUGGACAAACCUCGUCUUUACAUGGGGUGCAUGAAAUCAGGCGAAGUUUUCUCCGAACAGAACCACAAAUGGUAUGAACCAGAAUGGUGGAAGUUUGGUGACAAAAAAUCAUAUUUUCGUCAUGCAUCAGGAGAGAUGUAUGUCAUAUCUCGAGCUUUGGCUAAAUUCAUAUCAAUAAACAGAUCUAUUCUUCGUACCUAUGCCCAUGAUGAUGUGAGCGCUGGAUCCUGGUUUAUUGGACUUGAUGUGAAGCAUGUUGAUGAGGCAAAGUUUUGUUGCUCGUCUUGGUCGACAGGAGCAAUUUGUGCGGGUGUUUGAGUUGAUUCCAGUGCACUGUUUUAAGAAGACUAUCAAUGUAAUAUACAAGGUUCCUUGAGAGUUGUCUCUUGAUACAGAAGUCCAUCCUUACAUUAACUUGUGAGCACAGUUCGCAAAUUCAUUGGUUCAAGUCAUCACACAUACUAUACAACAAAAGAUUUACCUCUACGUACAAGUUCUUCUAAUCCACUUUAUGGUUCUUUCAUGGGUAUAGGAGAGGAAGAUAACUCUUCUCUUGGCAGAACUUCCUAAAUGUACUUUAAAAAAAAUAAAAAAUAUUUUUAGGAGUGACAUGGUGGGCUGUGGAGCGAUUUUGUAUUUUUUGUACAUUGUAUACUGCUGGGAAUUUUGAGUGAUGAUUAUGUUUUAGGUAAAAGCUAGGGUGGACAAGUGCUCCAUGUGGUCCACCUUGGUCAAAGGCUUUUUUGUAAUAUUAUUAUCGUGAAGUGCUUUUGUUUUUUCAAAUUUA